AUGGAAUCAGUGGAAGGGUAUGAUGAGCAGGACAAUCUGAUAAACGAUUAUUUAAGGGUCAAACUUAGAGGCCAAACCUUCCACAUUACUGGUGCUAAGCUGAAUGAGUUGCUGGGAACCCAAGAAUUUGUGAGAGGGGAUGAUAUGAAUGAUAUCAAAGCCUACAAGAUUUUGAUGCAAAGUGAUGACUACCCCGGUGAACCAAACUUUCCACCUAAGCAGAUUUUUGAGGACUUACUACCUCACCCACCAUCUCCUCCUCACUAUGAGCCUGUACCUUCUACCUCUCCUAUACCCACUUCUCUGAUUUUCACUUCACCAUCUGUACCCCCUACCUCUCCCACUCCUUCUACUCCUUUAGCUCUCAUUACUGUUCCUCAACCAAUUCCUUCUCUGCAUUUUCCAUCCUUUUCUCUACUUUCUCACCUUCCACCUCUUCCUAUUCCACUGCCUAUGCCUACUGCUUCUACUCCUUCCCCUUCUUCUUCUUAUGCUGAUAAAAAGGGAAAGAAGGAUCCUGCUGUUUAG